AUGGCAUCGGUAACGACUGAUGUUAUUGGCGGCAAGAUCGCCGUUGCUCGCCAGAAUGCCCAGAUCUUGUACUCCGAGUUGCAGAAAGCGCUCUACAACACAUUGAAGGGCCAUCGAGACAAAAUCGCCCAGGUCAAAUGGGAUCAUAGUUCUCGCCGAAUCGUGCUGGCAUGUCAGGACGGCUUCAUGAUCAUAUGGGACGCCAUCACCGGGUUGAAGCUUCAGGCUAUCCCGCUUGAAAACUCGUGGGUGCUUUGCUGUGCUUACUCACCCAGCGGCAGAUUGGUGGCUCUGGCAGGGUUGGACAAUAAGUGUCUGAUUUACAAGGUGAACAUUCCUGAGCCCGGUGAACCUAUUACUUCACAACCUGGCUCAUUCGAGCUUUCCGAGCUUUCCAAACCGUAUAGGGCUGACCCCGGUGCUCAUGCAGCCUACGUCAGUGCCUGUGAGUUUAUUGAUGAGAACAAGAUCCUCACGGCAUCGGGUGAUAUGACGAUCGCUCUUUGGGACACCCAGCGGGGGAUCAGAUCACACGAGUUCUUGGGUCACACUGGAGAUGUUCUACUGAUGCUGGCAAGGCCGGCGCAAAACACAUUUAUGUCGUCAGGUGCCGAUGGUCUCGUGAAGGUGUGGGAUAUCAGAGAAAAGGGCCCGGUGAUGUCGUGCAACAUACUGAAAACAGACGUGAACGACAUUGCAGACUUUCAAGAUGGCAACUCGUUUGUUGCUGGCGCCGAUGACGGUAUCUGCAAGCUUUUCGAUUUGAGAUCCGAGUGUGAACUUGCACGGUUCGAGCUACUGGCGCAAUUUGCACCCGCAAAGAACACAACCACCAUCACCACCCCGUUGCAUUCUCACUUCGACACGCCUGGCGUAGUGUCGUUGGACUUGAGCAGGUCGAAGCGGAUCUUGUACGCAUGUUACGCAGACUAUGGAUGUAUUGCGUGGGACGUACUCAAGAACGAGAUAAUAGAGUCAAUUGGCGUGGGAAGCGGAUGCCACAGUGGAAGAAUUUCCCAAGUAGCCGUGAGUGCUGAUGGAGAGGGGUUGGCAACGGCCUCGUGGGACCUGAUGAUCAAGGUGUGGUCUACAUGA